UCCGCGGCAGCGGCGGAUUUUUCUGGAUUUGAUUGUGACUCGCCAGAUUUAAGGCAUUCAAGAAAGGUAGAUGUCGCCGCUUGCAUCGCCGAUUGCUUGGAUUUGGAUUUUGAGGCGACCAAAAAUUGCAGCUACAAUUCUCAGACCGGAAAAGCCAUCGUGAAAUACGAGAAUUUUCAGGAAGACGGAUGUCCAAAGUGCUUUCUCGAUAGGAAAAAUUUCAAAGUGUACAAGGCAGCUAUUGAUAUAAAUCCAGUGGUAUCCCGUCUGGUUUGCGGAAAAAAGAUCGUUUUCGCAAACAUAGCAAUUCCGUGCGACUACGACAUGGCGGCAAUGCUUUGCGGAAUAAUUUGGCAAUCGGAGCGACACUGGCUUCCGAAAGACUUUGACGAGGUGCGAUGCAUCAUCGAAACCUUGCCCGAAAGUAUUCAACGGAUAGGAAAAUUGCGAUUGGUGGCGUACAGAAGCAGCUGCAGCAAGGAAUUCUUCUUCUGCACCACCGACACGCCGCGCUCGUUACGAAAAUCGUUCUUGUUCGAGGAGCUGAAUAACCAAACAUUGGCACCGAACGCAACGUGCGCCCUUUUUGACUUCAAAGUAAAAAAUAAGAAGGCUGUCGACGUCAGUCUCAGAGCCACGGAUUGCAAGGAAAAGGCUUAUACUGUGUGCGAGUUGGAAGAGUGAUAUUUUUUUGCAGUUGAAGUUCUCU